GAAUGACAGAUGACAGAUGAAAAAGCAAAGUUGAUGAAUGUUCGUCGAGCGAAUUCAAUGUUUUUCUAAUUUUCGCGAAUCAGAAAAUGAUCCUUUAAAAGAAAUAACUUGAAAAAUGGACGAAAACGAGUUCUUCAGGCAGACCGUGCAGCACCUGGCGCGAUGUCUGUCCUGUAUCAACCCUACGCCAUGGGAAAAGGUGAACACCCUAUUCAUGCUAUGUCCACAAGCCAGCUCAAGCUUUGUGGUCACCCCACGGAGCCAAGAAGCCAGUAUCGCCUUAGGACUGUACUUCCUACAAAGUGGUCUGCAGCAUCAGGAUAAGCUGUUACCAUACUUCCUCAAAGUACUAAAGUGCCUCACCAAUGCACAGUUUGAGGAACCUAUGUACAGAGUUAAGAGUGGCGAUCGCAUACCAAUGUCCGAAAAAUUCAGCUUUUGUCUCAACACGCUACUCUCUGACGUUGCCAGAAAACAGCCAAGCCUCCGAGAAGAAAUCAUCACAGCACAAAUAGAACUCAUGUCAAACUUGACAAAAGUCAUAAACAACUGCCACGAGAGCAGGGACUACCUCUCAGUAUCCAAACUCCAGUUAUGCAAGAGUACACUACCAAUUUUGAUAGGUCUCGCGAGAUCUAUGGGUCGGUAUGCGACCGUGGAACCUCCUUUAUUGUGCCGGUUGUUCCCUCAACCGAGCAGUCCAGUAAAAACUAAGGAACCAGAACCUAGCUUCGAAUACUCCACUUUAGAUAAAAAGAGGAAGUUUAACCAGUUCCGCCCGAUUAUCCCCAGGUCUUUAUCAGGGAAUCUUAACCCAAAUAAUGAGGUUAUAGUUGAGAAUGGUAACGACACAGUAGACAGUACUGGAGAGACUUUGAAACGGGGUUCCUUCCAUAGUUACAACUCCGUUCCAUACGAUCCGACGACAUACUUCUUCCACAAAUUCGGAUCGAGUUUCAACCAGUUUCCGUACAUGAGGUAUUCGGAGUCUCCGGAAAAAAGAAUCAGUAUACAGUUUUAUGUGACGUAUCUCCAAUCGAUUCUAUCGCUCGCGAAGAAGUUAUUGACCAAAGAUUUGUUAGCGUUUUUGGAUGAGGAAGCCGAAGACAUUUUUGCUUCUGGCCAAAUACAGGUUUUCCCGUAUAAGUCGUUUUCUGAGACGCUCAAUUUAGUUAUGGUAACACUAUUACGAGAUAUUUUACAACACCAAAAAGAUUUGCCUGGACCAUUUACCAAGGAUGUGCAAGAAUUCGUCAAAUGCCUAUUCCUCAGCGGCCAAACAGAACUACAGAGUCGACACCACGAUGCAUCCGAAAAAGAGGAUAGAGAGAGUAACUUUGCCACUGUCAAUAAGUUUAAAGUCAAUGUGAUGGCCAAUUCAGCCUGUGUCGACCUUCUUGUGUGGGCUAUUGGUGAUGAAACAGUUGACGACGACUAUGACGUGCCAGCUCUAUUAAACGCUUUAACUAUUUUAAUAGGAGCCGAUUCCCUUUGCGGCCGAUUAACGGAGAAAAUUAACUCAAAUCACAAUCAUAAAUUGAUAUUGGCUCACAUGCCUUUACUGAUGGUUUGUCUUGAGGGUCUAGGAAAGUUAGCGACAAAGUUUCCAACAAUAGCGAAUACGUCGAUUUAUUGUUUGCGAGAUUUCUUAGUGACACCUUCGCCUAUACUAUUUAAAUUGCACAAACUCGAACUGGAGAAAACGGGGAAGGAACACAUGAAAGCCUCACUUCAAGGCAAAGAACACCAGAAUCUGACAGAAACGGGAGCGCCUAUGAAAUCGACGCCGUUCGAGAAACUCCGAGACGCGGCCAUAGAGAACCUAUGCGUCGCCUUAGAAGCGGCCCUAACUGUGGACCCUUUUUGUGUUCCUGCCUUGGUUGGCUCCGUUAGUAAUAGACUGUUCACUGCCGAGACUAGUGAUAGUGAGUCGUCACUAAUCAGCACAAACAUUGUGAUAAUGUUGGGACACGUGGCCGUAGCUUUGAAGGACACACCAAAGACAACGGAUACUAUCCUACAAUUUUUUCAACAGAGGCUAUGCCGUUCUCCAUCCUCGCUAGACACGCUGAUUGUGGAUCAGUUGGGCUGCAUGGCGCUGGCUAGCCCGGAGGGGCCGGCUCAUGAUGAGAUCAUGCGCAUGUUUACCGUCAUCACCGUAGAAGCCGCCAGCGCUGCUUACCAACACACUGAUGACAGGAAGCAGUAUCGGCAUGUAUCAGGCGCAGUACUUAACGCACUAGCCAACAUAGCAGCCAACGUUCGAGGGACGGUCGCUCGUCUCGAUCUGCUCACUCGUUUGCUCGAACUGUUCGUGCAACUCGGUCUAGGGGGUGAGAGAGCCACCGACCGCUCGCCAGCUCCCGUCUUGAAAGCUUCCGGCAGUGCAGGCAAUUUGGGAGUUCUUAUACCUGUUAUUGCGGUACUAGUUAAAAGGUUGCCUCCGAUAAAAAACCCAAAGCCUCGGUUACAUAAGCUCUUUAGAGAUUUUUGGUUGUACUGCGUCGUAAUGGGAUUCACCGCUGCCGAAUCAGCAAUGCGAAAGCGAUUGUGGCCCCAAGAAUGGUACGCGGGUGUAAAAGAGAUAGCCGUGAAAUCACCAUUCCUUGUCUCUCAAACGUCAUUGCGAUCGGAAAUGAGAGAGUUACAGUACACGUCAGCUGUCAGGAACGAUUCAGUAUCGAUUAAUGAACUUCAAGAGUUAAAGACACAGAUAUUGAAUUUAUUGGAUCACCAACAAGAAGUGACUGUUAUAGUUCCUAAAUUGACGUUCGCGCCGUGCAUGUAUUUGCUGAGCGUUUAUUGGUUGGAGACUUUGAGAGUAUGUAAUUCACCAGAGCCUAGUUUACAACACAUAAUUGAGUAUUUGAGUGAUACAGCACUACAGAAAGAUAAGAGUGGUAUGUGGCAAUGUGUUGCCAGCGUUGGCGAUAAAGUAUUCCAAAAGUUCCUCGAUGUAAUGUCUGAAAAACUCAAGGAUGAGUGUCGGGAAAGGGAGCUGGAAGGUCACGCGCAGUUCCUGCUGGUCAACUUCAACCAUAUACACAAGCAGAUCCGACGAGUCGCUGAUAAAUGGUUAGCUGGGCUGGUGGACAGGUUCCCGCAUCUUUUGUGGAAUUGUCGGGUGCUCUGGUCAAUGUUAGACAUUCUCCAAGUGUUGAGUUUUAGUUUGGAAUUAGAUGCGAAUCAAGAAACGCCGCUAUUGAAAGUGCCCGGUACAGACUUUACUUUGCAACUUCAGGACACUUUAGAAGGUCGAGAGGGCAUUGUAAAAGAUUUCGCUGAUCGAUGUCAUGGUAUAGUUCAAGAAGCUAUGAAAUGGGCACCCCAGUCUACUCGGUCUCAUUUACAGGAAUAUCUCAAUCAGGUCCCCAACUCAACACUUUGGCACCAUUGCGGCUUAGCCCUUGCAACGGGGGCAUUAUUAGGAGCAGCUGGUUUGAACCGUCUGUCGGCACCUCUACCAAAAUCCGCUUUGGAUAAACGACCACCCUGCGUUACUCAAGAUUCCGCCGCUUUAUUAGCCGUUGUGUCUCAAAGAAGCCGGUAUGCGGGUGAAGUAGCAGGAGCAGUAUAUGCAGAAGGCGGCGGAGAGCCGGCAAUAUGGAGGGUGGGAUUGCGUCUCCAUACUGCGUUAAGGGACGCCUGCGCAAGUGGCAGCGAAACCGCCCAUCGAGCCGCUUUGUGGCGCUGCACAGCGCUUUUAGUGCAUGCGAGGUCAACCUCCUCAGGAACGACGCCCACCGCUCGUGCUGUACUUCACAGCAUUGCCUGGUCCCAAGUAGACAUAUUCACGGAGGACGCAGUCACAACGGCCGCGGAAUGCUGGCAAUGGCUGAGUACGGCGCGACCUGACUUGGAGUUGCGACUCUUACAAGAAAUCUUCAUGGCCUGGCAAUGUACUGUUGACAGGAAGAUGGGGCUAUUUUCUAAACAAACUGAGGAGAUCAGCCCUUUGGCGGCUUACGAAGGUGCCAAACUAGAACCUAGACCACCGUUCGUGGCCCCUCACGCAGUAUGGGUCCGAUAUUUAUGCGAAGUCGCUGAGACCGCUAAAUACAAUAGCUUGGAAAAAGUCGAAAUGUUAGCCAGUCUACUUCACAGAUCACUCCCAGUAACCGUUGGUGACAUUCGUGAUCAUAUCAAUAGACAUGUCGAAGCUGCUGGAGUUAGAUUUAGGCUUCUAUCCUGCGGCCUAUCUCUCCUCCAAGGCGACAUCCUACCGCGGUCUCUGGCACGUAACAUCCUACGAGAACGAGUCUACAGCGCGUGUCUAGACUACUUCUGCAGAGGUCUACAGUGUCCAGCCAAGAUGUCUGGCGCUUUGAGAGAGGAUAUCAUAUCACUGAUUAAGUUCUGGCAACUGAUGCAUUCGGAUAAGAAGUAUUUGAAGAGCAGCGAUAUAGGCGCGGAGUUCGAAUUAAUGGGCCCGAGUAGUAACCAAAGCAUUUACACGUCCAACUCGCCGACGGAUAACAGAUCUUCAGUCAACAGCAGUGACAUUGGCAAUCGACAAACUUCCGGUUGGAUUAAUACGGUGCCCAUGUCAACAACGACUUUGUCUAGCGGAGCAGGCAGUGUAGCGGGCAAGAGAUCAAUUCGCAGCAUGAAACCGCCAGCCAAGUCACUAGAUCCAUUCGUCAAAGAUUACGUACGGAAAAGGAAUCUCAUAUUGGAGCUUAUGGCAGUAGAAAUAGAGUUCCUCGUAACUUGGCACAACCCACACAGUAGACCCGAGCAAGCGGUGCCGGGUGAAGACAAUAUAGCGACGUGGCGAUCCAAACCCAAUACUGAGCGAACAUGGCGCGAUUAUACUAAACUGGCUUGGGAUAUUAGCCCGACGUUGGCUGUGUUUUUACCUGAAAGGUUGAAGAACGAAGGUAUAAUAGCCGAGAUCAAGAGAAAGGUCCAAAUGCACCCGACGUCCGUUUGUCAUAUACCCCAGGCGUUGAAAUAUCUAGUCACCACUGAAAACCUGCUCAAUGAUGCGCAUGAGUUAGUCCACAUGGUGACGUGGGCGCGAGUGAGCCCCGUGGAAGCGUUGUCGUACUUCAGUCGGCAGUACCCCCCACACCCGCUGUCGGCUCAAACGGCGGUCGCCACUUUAACUUCAUACCCGUCCUCUGCUGUGCUGCUGUACAUACCACAGCUUGUGCAGGCGUUGCGGCACGACACUAUGGGCUACGUAGCAGAACUAAUAAAGUCGCUCGCAAAGAAGUCGCAAGUGGUAGCUCAUCAAUUGAUCUGGAAUAUGCACACCAACAUGUACACUGACGAAGAGAUGCAUAAUAAGGACAUACUAUUUGACAUACUCGACAAUCUGACAAAGAGCAUCGUAGACACGCUAUCUGGUCCUGCAAAGGCGUUUUAUGAGCGAGAGUUUGAAUUCUUCAGCCAAAUCACCAAUAUCAGUGGCAUAAUCCGACCGUAUCCAAAAGGUGCGGAGCGAAAACGCGCAUGUUUGGAAGCUCUGAAGAGUGUUAAGGUGCAACCUGGCUGUUAUUUACCUUCAAAUCCAGAUUCAAUGGUCAUUGAUAUAGAUUACAAAAGUGGAACCCCUAUGCAGAGUGCAGCCAAAGCGCCGUAUCUGGCUCGUUUCCGAGUAAGGAAAUACGGUAUCGCUGAAAUGGAGGCCGUCGCUAUGGCCAUCGCAUCUGGGGAAGAACUACCUUCCGAAGAAGGAAAAGACAGGUACACGGCGAUAGCGGCUGAAACGUGGCAAGCCGCUAUAUUUAAAGUGGGCGAUGACGUGCGUCAAGACAUGUUGGCUUUGCAAGUGAUCUCGCUGUUCAAGAAUGUUUUCCAACAAGUGGGGUUGGACCUUUACUUGUUCCCGUACAAAGUUGUCGCUACUGCGCCGGGGUGUGGUGUAAUAGAAUGCGUGCCUAACGCAAAGUCGCGAGAUCAGUUGGGCAGACAGACUGAUAUCGGCAUGUACGAGUAUUUUAUCAAGAAAUAUGGUGACGAAACUACUCGAGAAUUCCAGGCUGCACGGAGAUGCUUCGUCACGUCGAUGGCCGCGUAUAGCGUUAUCGGGUUUUUGUUGCAAAUAAAGGACAGACACAACGGGAAUAUUAUGCUGGAUACUGACGGACACAUUAUUCAUAUAGAUUUCGGCUUCAUGUUCGAGUCAUCGCCGGGUGGCAAUUUGGGCUUCGAGCCGGAUAUCAAGCUAACUGACGAGAUGGUGAUGGUGAUGGGCGGCAAGAUGGAGGCGCCGCCCUUCCGGUGGUUCUGCGAGUUGUGCGUGCAGGCCUUCUUGGCCGUUAGGCCAUACCAAGAAGCGAUAAUAUCCAUAGUAUCGCUAAUGCUGGACACAGGCCUGCCUUGUUUCCGUGGUCAGACGAUACGGCAACUGCGCUCCCGGUUCGCGCCUAAUUCCACGGAGAAAGAAGCCGCGGCCUACAUGCUGUCUGUUAUAAGGAACUCCUUCCUCAACUUCAGGACUCGGACCUAUGACAUGAUACAGUAUUAUCAGAACCAGAUUCCUUAUUAGAUUUAUUAAAUAAAAACUAGCUGUUUGUCUGUGGGUUAAAUUACAUAACUAAUCGAUCGCCUUUUGUAUUGCCCGUGUGACAUAAAAAUAUCUUGAAUAUCUUCCAAGAAGCGAUCAUAUCUAUAGUAUCGCAAUUACUGGACACGCCUUCUGCCUCAAUUUCAGGACGCGGACCUAUGACAUGAUAAAGUAUUAUCAGAACCAGAUUCCUUAUUAGAUUCAUAAAAAACUAGCGAUAUAUCCUUGACUUUGUCUGUGUUUAACAUGAGUAGCUUAUGCACUCGGUUUCGUCCGCGUACAAUUUUUUUUUUCUUAAAAUCCCUUCUUAGUGAUAAUACUCAUAUCAAAAAGCGAUAAUAUCCAUAGUGUCGCUAAUACUGGACACAGGGUUGCCUUGUUUCCGAAAAAUAAGGAAGAGGAAGCCGCGGCCAACAUGCUGUCCGUUAUAAGGAACUCUUUUUUUCAACUUCACAACUCGGACCUAAACAUGAUACAGUGUUAUCAGAACCAGAUUCCUUAAUAGAUUAUAAAACUAGCUGUUUACCCAUGACUUUGAGUUAAACAUGUAUUAAAUUACAUCACUAGUCUUCGCCCACGAGAAAUUAAAAUAUUCUGAAAAUCCUUUCUUACAAAUGAAAUAGAGUCUACGUUAUAAAGAAAAGCCAUGUAGUUUUUCUUGAAAAAUCAAAUUUUUAGACCUUGCAGUUUGAGAGUCAGUCAACUCCUAGACUUUUUUUACUAGACUUCCUCAAAAACCUUUUUAGUGGGAGUUAUACAGAGAACCUUGUUUUUUAUUGGAAAUUACUUUAAAUCACUAUCUAGUUACAAGACCUAGUAGUUUGAGUUGUCCGUUAAUAUGUCAGUCAGUUAGUUUUUCUUAUAUAAACGCGGAUUGCGUCUUUGUUUUGUGGUAGGUAUCAAUAGUUUUUAUUGUAUUUGGUGCCUGUAAUACAGGUGUUGGUUUCACAACGUUAACAUAGUUUUUUCCAGACGUAUUUUCAAUUUAUGUGAUCCUUAAAAAAGUUUAAUUACUGAUCUCGGUGAGGUAUGCUUAAUAAUUAUUUAAUUUAUGGAAAUGGAAAUACAUCAUAUUAUUAAUUAUUAAUAAAUGAGAGAAAGGGAUAGAACAAAAUAAAUGGAAUCCAAUAUUUGAGAAGCAAUAUUCGGUUCCUUAAUUAGAUAAAUAAAUAAUUGAAGAGUAGCCAAAAUGAUCCUAAAUGUUAUUAUCAUAAUAAAAAGACGAUGUUAUAUCAUUUAUAGCUUUACUUUUGUAGUAAUAUAUAAAUAUAGUAUAUUUCCUACAUACGUAAUGUAUGAUAUUUUAUAAAAAUAAUAAUAAUAAUUGUGAUUAUAGCAUACUUACAGGAAGACUUUUUGGUCACUGUCCUUUAAAUAUAAGAAUAUCUUUGGUAACAAUAAUAAAACACUUCUUUUAGAAUCACUCAUGGUAUCACUCAAUACUAAAAUACUAUGAUAUAAUAUAAAGCUGUCUAAAAAACCGGCCAAGUGCGAGUCGGACUCGCACACAAACGGUUCCGUACCAUCACACAAGAUGUACUUUUUUUUUAAUUUGCAGUGCGGCCAGUUUGAAAUUGUUAUUAUUGUUAUAUCAGCAAUAGGAAUACCUAUUCUGUGAAAAUUUCAACUCUACCUAGUACGGUUAAUAAGAUACAAACCGCUGACAGACAGAUCGGUGGAUGAUAUUGACAAAAUGUGCAGGGAAUUUUUGACCUGAGUACCUAUUUUUUUUUUUAAACAGUCUGGCUAGCAUCUAAUAUCUAGAAAAUAAGGCGGUGACUAAAAGGUCCAGUUGUAAGUAUUAGAUUGAUGCGUAACUAAAUGUUAUUCUGUAUCCGUUGGUGUUGUUGAUCAUGUAUAGAUUCUAUUAUAAAUAAUAAUUGAAUAAAAAUAGCAUAUCACAGAUUGUUUUAAGUAUUCAAGAGAGAAUAGGCAACUUCUAGGCAAGCGCGCUCCACCUUAGGCUGCAUCAUCACUUGCUAGCAGGUCUGAUUGCAGCCAAGCGCUAGUCUAUACAUAAAAAAAAUCGGCCAAGUGCGAGUCAGACUCGCGCACCGAGGGUUCCGUACUCGGGCAUUUUUCCGACAUGUUGCAUGAUAAAUCAAAAACUAUUAUGCUGUGCCGGCGAUGGGUUGAUCAUGAUGAUGACUUUCCAAUUCCAUGGUCCGCAUCCAUUCCAUGCACGGUCUAACCUGAAUUCACCCUUCGAAUUGAAAAACAAUCUGUGAUAUAAUCAAAAUAGUUUGUCAGUAAUAAUGUUUCAAGACAAUGUACCGCGUUACCAUUACAAGAAAGUAUUUCUUAUUUAUUAAUUUUAUUUAAAAGUUUAAUACUUGUGACUUAUUGCUAACAAAUAAAAAUAGCAUGUUUAUUUAAUGAUGAAUCAAAUAUUUGUACAUUCCUCCUGUAAAAAUUCUAUGUUGUUGGUAUUAAAAUAUGGUAAAACAAAA